GCGGUCCGCCAUAUACGACAUCAUCACGUAGAAACACUGACACAACAGUAAGCGUCCCAUCAGAAACAACAUUACCAAAUGGUCUAACUACAACCUCGAGUAAUCAGUCAGACACCACACCAUCGCGCGCUGUUUCUGCUACGACGGAACAGAUUCCACCAGACGCGACAUUAAUAGACGAUAGUACUACCACUAUCACGUUAUCAGAUGGUAUUAUCACUUCAACAGACCGUACUGAAGACAGGACACUGUCAUAUACUGUCAAUAGCAUGUCGCGAGAUUCUACGACUCAGUCUACAUCGCCAGGGAUAUCUUUACACCCAUAUAUGACCACCAAUAUUCCCUCAAAGCCAGCAUCUCCAGCAGGUGGGGAAGUAUUACUCUGCGAGAGUGAAACAAAAACCAUCAGCUGUACGUUACCGUUUGUGAUCAAUAUUAUAGAAGCAUGGUACGGCCGAAAUGACACUGCCACGUGUAAUGCAACCGGAACAUCAAUGAUGUGUCAUUAUGACGUCAAAAUGACGUAUACUGUGAUGAACAACACUUGUCAGGAUAGAAGUACCUGCUUAUUGUCAGCAGCCCCUGCCAUAUUUGGAAAUUCUUGUGUUGGCAAACAUGCAUACCUAAUGGUUAACUACGAGUGUGUUAUUAAAGGGUCUGAUGUUCAACAGACACCACCUGUCCAGCAAAGCUUCGUCGCCAGUUACACAAACAUCAACAUGUCGUCGGAGAUAAUAUGGAGGGUGCACGUGCCGCACGCGGGCUUAUGUGGUUUACGUUGUAAGACUGACAACAAGUGCUUGUCUUUCGCGUUUGACCCGAAGCAGCAGAUAUGUCAAGGUCACAGAACAAGCCUUCUAAACGAGGUUAAAGGUCAAGGUCAUCCAGAAAACAAAAUGCUCUAUUUUGAAUUGAAAUGGUGUGGGGGAGGAGGGUUCCUGUUUGACGUCACUGGUGUGUGUUACGCUGUGUAUGGUGUUCGCCACACCCCAGCUAACUGUCAGAAAGAAUGCUCUCAGCAUGGCUCCGGGGAUGGAAAGGUGGUGGGAGGUUUACUGGUGCUGGACACUCCAGAAAAACUACAGAAUAUUUGGUUGAAGACACGUCCGGAUUCCUGGUUAGAGCAAGAAAAUGCGUUUAUUGUUUCCGGGCGCAAGAAUGGAGCUGGUACGUGGACAUUCCUUGACGGGGCCGUCAUACCGGACAAUAUGUGGGCCCCGGGAGUACUUGGGACCUACUCUGGAGAUUGUGUGUCAGUGACACGUGACGGCCUUGUGCCAACCGACUGUGCUACCACUGGUUUCUUCAUUUGUGAAAAAGUUUUAAUAAAACCAAAAACAUAACGAGUAAAGAGCGUGCAGCAUGCAUGCAAUGACGUUAAUGCUUCUAUGCUUCCACUUCCGAUUUUAUCGUAUUCUGCAUACCUAUUGUUAUUUUUUCUAAAAAAAAUAAUAUUUCUAAUAAAAUCA